GGGGAGAAAUAGAACGACUGCGGCGGCGGAGAAUGUUCAGGCACAGGCACUGCCCGAGGAACCAAAAGUGAAAAUGGAGCAGGAGGCCAGCGCUGAGGAUAAAGUUGCGCUAGAGACCGUACAGACCUCUGUGAAGAUUGCAUACUCUUGCUCUGGAAAGAAGGCAGUGGCUGAGUAUAGUCUCUGUGACAGCUGAUAUUCUAGGUGUAUUUUAUUUCUACAUCUAUGGGCUGAAGAGCAGUAUACGAAAUUGUGGAUAAAAACUUUAGAUAAAGAGUAUUUGAUUUGAAAGUUUUAUAUGCUGUAGCAUUAAAAAAUGAAGGUUCUAGAAUUGUUAUAUGUGGCGUGUACAUAAGGAGGAUCAUUUGCUGAUGAUUACCAUAAGAUUUUUUCCAUGGUUCUAAUGUUACUGACUAUCAUGGCUGGGACAUAAUGUCUGCAUCAUUUUUGUGGUUCACAUUAGUUGACUUGCCUUUGGAUGAUGCGACUUUCCUGUUUUAUCCGGCAGAGAAUGGAGAUCCUAAAGAGUCCAUAGAUGAGUCUGAGAAAGAUGAGCGGUUAGACUUGGAGGAUAAUGAUCCUGAAUAUGAACCUGAAGAGUACUGUGGGGUUGAUUACGACGAGAAGGAAAUUGAGCCAGGCACUCAUGAAUAUGUAGGUGAAUUGGAGGAAGAAGAUCCUGAAGAAUUGGAUGUUGGUAAAGAAGAUGGUGAUGUGGUUGAGUUUGAUAGUAUCCAUGAAGAGAUUGGAAAUGAGGAAGAUUAUGAGCAUGUAGGGCAGGAGCAAACUGAGAUGGGUUAUGCUGAGAAAGAAGAACAUCACGAAGUAUUCAAAGAGAGACGUAAGCGGAAGGAAUUUGAAAUUUUCGUUGGUGGAUUGGAUAAGAAUGCUACUGAGGCUGACCUCAGGGAAGUUUUCAGUAUAGUUGGUGAGGUUACUGAAGUCAGACUUAUGAUGAAUCCACAAACAAAGAAGAAUAAAGGUUUUGCAUUCUUGCGUUUUGCAACAGUCGAACAGGCAAGAAGAGUUUGUGCUAGUCUGAAAAACCCAGUGGUUUGUGGCAAGCAGUGUGGUGUGACACCAAGCCAAGACAGUGAUACCCUGUUUUUAGGUAACAUAUGCAGGACAUGGACAAAGGAAGCUUUGAAAGAGAGGUUAAAGCAUUACGGCCUUGAAAAUGUUGAGGAUUUGACACUGGUUGAAGAUAGUAGCAAUGUAGGGAUGAAUCGGGGUUUUGCCUUCUUAGAGUUCUUCUCGAGAUCUGAUGCUAUGGAUGCUUUUAAGCGUCUUCAGAAGAGGGAUGUUUCGUUUGGAGUGGAUAGGCCAGCUAAGGUUUCCUUUGCAGAUUCUUUCAUUGACCCUGGUGAUGAGAUCAUGGCCCAGGUUAAAACUGUGUUUGUGGAUGGUCUUUCUGCUUCUUGGGAUGAUGAACAUGUCAAGGAACUUCUCAAAAAAUAUGGAGAGAUUGAGAAAGUUGAGCUUGCCCGUAAUAUGCCAUCUGCCAGGAGAAAGGAUUUUGGUUUUGUCACAUUUGAUACCCAUGAUGCAGCAGUAACAUGUGCUAAAAGCAUCAACAAUGAGGAAUUGGGUGAAGGUGCAAGCAAGGCUAAAGUCAGGGCCAGAUUAUCGAGACCUCUUCAGAGAGGCAAAGGAAAGCAUGUUGCCAGUGGAGAUUUUCGGCCUGGGCGUGGGUCAGUUCAAAAGGCUAGUAGUCCUUGGAGCCGCCCAUUACCACGUUCCAUCCCUGUUCGUGGCCCCAGAAUUCCUCCUCGUCUUCCUCCUGUUGUCGACCGUAGUUUCCGAAGGACUGUUACCGUGCAAGAGAGGAGACCGGUCAUGGCUGUUCCUCAAAGGGCCAGGCCUGUUUCUCCCUUGCCUAGGUCCUAUGAUAGGAGGCUAACUGUUCCAUCAUACCCCAAGAGUGGUUUGAAGAGGGACUACGGUCACAGGGAGGAGCUUAGCUCCAGAAGUAGGGCUGCUGCUAUAGAUUAUAAUUCAAGAGCAACUUCAGAUAGACGCGCUAGGGCUGCUGCUAUAGAUUAUAAUUCAAGGGCAACUUCAGAUAGACACGCUCCCUACAGAGAUGAUUAUCCUCCUCGUCCAUCUGGCUACCCUGAUAUGCCUAGAGGUGGUGCAGCAAGAUCUACCGGAAGAAGACCUUAUGUUGAUGAUGGGUAUAAUGAAAGAUUUGAAAGGGCACCUCCAUCUUACCAUGAGGGACGUGAGCGUGAGUAUGAUUCUAUGUCUGGGUCCAAACGCCCAUAUGCUUCAGUGGAUGAUGUUCCUCCCCGAUAUACUGAGGCCGGAAUACGCCACUCUCGUGCUCGUUUGGACUAUGAUCUUGGUAGCAGUGCUUCCCGCUACACUGAUGCUUACAGUGAUAGGCUUGGAAGGUCAGAUAUGGGAUAUGGGGGAAGUCGAAGCUCUAUGUCUAGUCAAGAUUCUCAUGGGCAAUACAGUAGUCGUCAUGGUAUGGGUUACAGUGGAGGUCCUUAUGGUGGCAGUGAUGUUGGUCGGAUGUACUCGUCAAACUUUGGUGGGGAUUACAUGUCACGAGGAAGUGAUGUUGGUGGCAGCUCUUACUCGUCUGUCUAUCCCGGACGUGGUAUGGGUGGUAGCAGCUACAUGGGAAGUAGCGGGUCUGGAUCAUACUAUUAGGGUAUGCAACCAGGUUUUUCAUAUUUUCCGGUUACAUGCAUGCAUAUUGAUAUCUUUUUCGUAUUCCAUGCUAUUUUGCUGAUUAAUUAGAUGGUUCCGCUAAGGCUAUAGAAGGCUGUGGUAUUCUAAUUGUGGGUUGCUUGUAGUAUCUUAAUGCUACCUGAAGCUAUAGUAGAUGCAUAAUCUUGCCUUAGUACUGCACUCGAGAGAAUUGGAGUGAUGUGAUUACCCUUAACUUGUGUAUGGCAGUGAGUGGAAUUUAGAGGAUGCAGCUGUAGGAUGUGGAUGGUCUGAAGUUGUAAAUGGACUUAAGAGGAUGCAGCUGUAGGAUGUGGGAUGGUCUAAAGUUUGAAAUCAGUCCUCACCAUCAAGUUGAAGCAUUCUUUUUGGACAUGAAAAAACCUCCAUGGCUUUGAAGGGAGACUCAAGGACAGUGUUCAGAGCAAUUAGGUGCUCUGGACCUGCUUUAAGACCUGGUUUGGAUUUGUGUGAUCCUGUUUAUUGUAUGUAUGUAAGGACUCAGAACCACAAGGAGACAUCUUCAGCAUGCCAUAUUUUAUAGUAAUAAUGUUCUUUCCAACUAUCUCCAUAUUGUUUCAUAUGAAGAAAUGGAAAUAAACUUUCUAUGUUCUGUGGGCAUAGAAUUUGGACAAAAGCAUAAAGGUCAGAUGCUUGUAGUAAUUGUUUGUUGCAUUUUCUUUUACUAAGCUCAAGUUCCUGAAAGAGUGAAGGUGGUGUUAUGCUUAUACAGCAGUUCCAUGGUAUUCUUUUAAUCUUCUUAUAUUUGGAGGGUCAACAGAUAAUGGAAAUGGCAACUGGUGAACUAUUUUGGGAAAUGAGAUAAGAGAUGUGAAACAUUGGGGCUGCAUUAUGUUGCAAUAUUCAGAAAGGAGGGUUGAGUAGGCAUUGUUAUGAGCACUAUAAGAUUGCCUUAUGGAUAUGGUUAAAUUAUGAAACAAGGAUGUGGUUUGAAGUCUGUCAAAUGUUCCAUUUCCAGAAAUGUUUCAAGUUUCCAUAUCCUCAGGAGAAGUUAUCCUGGAAAAAUUUGGUUGAGAUCAAUUGAUCGAAUGGCAAUUUAGCCACCAUGCUGCAAGCAAUGAACUAUACUUAGUGUUGUAGGAGUGAAUUGAUAUCAUUUGGUAUUGAAUUGUUUUGCCCUCUGUUUACUUGUUGGCAAACUAUACUUAUCUGGUAACUUGAUGAAAAGAAUGUGGUUGGCAUCCUUCAAGUGCCAUUAGCUCCUCAAAUCAAUGUGGUCAAGGAAUAUUUAAAUAUGUUUCGAUCACAUAUUCCUGUAGGCAGGCUGUAGGUUGGGAAGCUUUCCUUUACCAUCUCCAUUGGUGAACAAGUUUAUGAUAGUGGUACAUGUUAUUCGAUAAGUUGAUAGCCGUAGUACUUGGUUCGUUUGGUAGACGACUUAAUAACUAACAACUGUAUUUCUUCUUAGCCUUUCCCUUGCGACUAAUCCUCAAUGGUAUGAGUUGAGAUGUAUAGAUGGAUGUCUUACAGUUGAUGCCAUUCCAAUGGAAUCGAAGCGUUAUCAAGUCAGGUAGUGCUAUAUCUUAAGUUUUGAUUGUGUGCACAGUUUGACAUUGUUGGUUGAAUUAUUGUUGUGUUUUCCUGAUAGAUUGUCAGUUGUUUUCUAAUAAUUUGCAUGUGACACCAGUUACUGACAUGUUUUGUGUUAAAGUCUUUAUAUCCCUUGUACUCGAGGUGCACUUUCCUGCAUUAGAUGCGAAGAACCGGAUUGCAACGAUGAGCAGCUCUAGAUUCAGGAGCUCUUGAUAUAGCUGAACCCAGUGUUUUGGUGUAUUUUGCAGUUUUGUUUUAAUGUAACAAAUUACGAUAGAAUGUAAAUUUGUAGUACUAUUGUUGAAUGAUUCCUAUUAUCAAUAUAUGAAUAGCAAUGUUUGGUGUUGAUAAA